ACAGUGGGCGUGAAGUGAAUGAUAAAAAACGAUCACCCUGUGCUGCUGUUGCUGUUGUUUUGGCUGCUGUGUCGAGACGUCAUCGAGCCAAACAUUGUGCCCUUUAUGCUCUCGUAUCCGCAGUGUUUCACCGUUCAACUAACUCCAUCGGACCCCCGGGGGCUCCACCGGAAGAGGCUUUCGGCUCAGCUAUCCAAUAAGACCUUCGGUGAAUCGAUUCGAUUCGAAUCGACGGUGUGACGGCUAACGACGAUUUUAUUACAAAACCACAUCAUUCCUCGCGGGACAAUAUCCUAUUGACCGCCGCCCUUCCCAGCACCGAUUGUGCUGUCUAUUUCUUCCUUCUUUUUUGCACUCUCCCACCGUGAACCUUUUCGCACUCUCCGCGAGAACGCAGGAGAACAGUCGAUCUCAUCGUACCUGAUAACAACAAGGAACUGAUUGGUCGAAAACGAUUCGCUAACCGAAUGGCAGCAACCGCGCUCAUUGGUAGCUCAUCCCUAGCGGCCUGCGGUCGUUGUUGGUAGAAUUUUACCACAGAAAGCAUCAAUUCAAAAUAGCACCCCAGAAACAUUCGAAUAACGGCAGUGAAGGGAAAGUGGUAAAACGUUCACAGUCGGCGCAUGAUGGAGUUGACCGGCGGGCAUUACCGCCCACCGUACAGGCACCGAUCGAGGCUAACAACCGUGCUCUCGCCGCGAAAACAUCACGCGCCCGUGCUGCUGAUGACGAUCGUGAUGCUAGUACUGCAACAACUCCCUUCUACUCAGGGCGAUAUACUCGUUUAUCAGGUGCAAAGUGAUCAGAUAAUCGAAGAGUUCCGUGACCUGCCGGCGACAUUCGGAGGCAAUAUUCCGGACACGGGGUUGAAAAUGCUGGCAGACCGGGCUGAACCGGCGGACGGUUGCACCGUGAUGCGUCCACCGCCGAACAUUACCAGCAAGUUUGCAGUCGUUAUCGCACGAUACAACUGUUCAUUCGAGGAGAAGGUCCGGAAUGCCCAGCAGGCUGGCUAUGCCAUGGUCAUCGUGUAUAACGUUGGCAGUAAUGAUUUGGAGCACAUGUCAGCCAACCAUCCGCAAGAUCUGUUGAUACCGUCCGUGUUCGUGGGCCAAAACAGCGGGCGUGGCAUAAUCGAGAAUUAUCUGUAUGACCGUGACUACGCCCUCGUUAUCACUGACGAAAUUCCCUUCAACAUCAACAACAAUCUGCUCAUCCCGUUCGCGGUCAUCGUAGGACUCUGCUUCCUGCUUAUGGUAAGCAUCGCCCAUGGCUCUGAGCUUCAACUUAUUACUAAUCGUACGCAGCGUUACUGGCAGGUGCUGUUCAUGAUCGUCCGAUGUAUCCGCGAACGGCGACGAUCGCUACGUCGUCGCCUUCCGAUCAGUGUACUGCGCAAGAUUGGGAUCGUUAAGUUCGCCAAGGGCAUGCACUACGAGAUUUGCGCCAUCUGUCUGGAAGAUUUCGUCGAAAACGAUCGGUUAAGGGUGCUCCCGUGCCGCCACGCUUAUCACGCACCGUGCAUCGACCCGUGGCUCACAAAAUCGCGACGUGUUUGUCCAAUUUGCAAGCGAAAGGUUUUUGUGGGUGGCGAACGUCGUCGUAGGUCAUCGGCGUCGAGCAGUAGCUUGUCGUCUGACGCAGAUGAAACGAGACCACUGCUGACUGCAUCGGAAGCCGUCGCCUCGUCAAACAACGCACUGGUCUCGGCAGCUGCAGCCAGCGUCACUGCGGUCACUAAUUCCGCUUCCGAAAGUUUACCAGCAGUCGCGGCAGGACCGACCACAUCUUCCAGCCGGCCGAGUGGGCGAGAACGUGAGACGCUUUCCUCGGCCUCAGCUCAGAGGCGCCUUGUCAUGACACCCGCACUGAGGGACCUGUUGAAUCAAACACCUAACUUGGUACUACAGGCACCCAGAAUAGAUGAUCCCGCCGCACCACGACGAGCGGCAUCCGACGAAGACGACGAACUACUGGAUGAUCAAAACGUGCAGCAACCCCCGGAAGGAUGGAUACCACCAACCGGAGGGGUGGACAACAACGGCCACGGAGACUUGUACGCAGCGAUCGGUGGCGAAGAAGAACCCACCCGUUGGCAACGAUUCAAGAGAUUUUUCACACCUUGGCACGGAGAAGCGCUGGAAGAAAGUAGUAAUGGCCGCAAUGUGGUCGCUGGAACCCCUCAGAUACCGCCAUCCGAUCGGCGAGCAACACCGCCCUCGGCCACGAGCAAUAGCAACAAUAUCCUUAAUGCACACCAUUCGGGUUCGUUCUACGCGCACGACGAUACGACCGACGACGAAUUGCUCGAUCGCGUCCAGCAAGAUGCGGCAAAACGGCGUCAAGUUCGGUCCGCUCCGAAUAUGGCCUCAACGAGCGAUGGUGCGGGUACAUCGUCGCCACGCGUCGCAGUCGCCGCGCUGCCGAACGUAAACUUUGACCCGUCAACGGCUGGCGGCGGCGGGAAUUGGAUGUCCAGCUCGUCGCGUCGCCAAAGUCGUCCGAGAACACGUCGCCGCGACGGUCCGGGAGAUGAUCACAUUGUGUAAAUAGUGCGAAAUGAUCGUGAUCGUGGAAGGUGGACACCACUACUGACGUAACACAAGGUCUGUUAUUCGGUCAAACAUGAAGGAGAAGGCUUGCGAAAAGGGGGGGUCCAGCUUUUCGACUACUUUGGUUGUCCUGUGUUUGGGAUGUUUUGUUGCAGCUCGGAUGCAACUCGGAAAACGGACAGACAGAAAGAGGCAUGAAGAUAGAGAGAGAGCGUGGAAGUCGGAAGAGGCGGUGAGUGGGAAAGGAGUAAAGCAAAGCGAUCAUAUUGAUGUCGCUUAACGUGAUAUAUAAACUAAAUGCAUAAGUUUUUCAUGAUUUGGAGCGGCAAUGAAGGUUAGGUCUGGAUCAGCAAAACAUCUAGAGCAUUUCAUACACACACCUUAGCUCACCAGUCGACGGCAUUCAUUCAAAAAUGUACUUUGGUUCGCGGCGCAUAGCCGUGAGAUGUGUCCACGUGGAACCAGGGACUAUUCUCUUGGUAUUAUGCUUCAUCUCCGGUUUGCUCCUAACAGACUGUGCUGAGACAGAUUUGUGCGCGUAUGCUAUGUUUAUUGAUCGCAACCCUCGGAAAUAUCCCAACAGAACGAUCGAUUUGGGAGAAUCCAAACGGGACUCGAACCUCUCGCUUCACCGCUUGAUUUACCUUAUUACCUUUACAAGUAUAGUCAUUUGAUAGUGUUAUCUUUGUACUAAAAUGUACUUUUUUUUCUUUUAUUUUACUUCAUGGAACUGAGUGAGCCCAAGAAAGGAAAGGCGAUGGUUGAAUUGGUAGAACACAACAAUUGAAAAAUAAUAAAUUGCCGUGUAGGCUUCUUUUGCUAAAAUCGCCCAUAAUUUGUAUAUGUGUGUAAUUAGCAGAACUAAUAGAAAUGGGUUGAAAGGAGUGGCAGAAAGUAAUAAGGGAGAUAGUUAUCACGAAAAAGGCAGCGACAGCAGCGGUGUCGUCGUGCUGUUGCGAACAAUUCCCACACACUUACUUUUUUGUAUGUAGCGUGGUGAUUUGAUAUCAGUAGCUGUAUUUGUUUGUCUACUAUUUCCUAUCGCAGUUUCUCAUAGUAGUUGUAGCCAUUUACGUAAAACCACGCACGGGAGGAACAAUACUAAUAUGUUGAGUGAUGCAAUCGGGAAGGAAUUCUCUUUCAUUUUGAUGGACUUUUCCUCGUUUUAUUAACCAUUUCCGGCCGGUUUUUGUGUCUAUCUAUCCACCCGUUAUGUUUAUUAAGCGCAAAAAUGGCAGAAUAAACGUGCAGCGCGAAAGGACGUAGGCAAAUAUUCCAAACGUUGCAUUAAAACCAAACCGGCAGAGAUGCGUGUGCGUGUACCAUGUGCUUGGAAGAACCACAAACUCUGAAGCGACAGCGUAGACUAUUGACUGUACGUGUUUAGUAUGAUAUUGGAAACAGAAUCAGGACAUCAGGUGUGCAUGUCAUCGUACCGAUUACCGAUAAGGCACCUCUAUUGUGUAACCAAACCACAGUGUUAGCUAAGAAAUCGUCCACCACGACAAACGCGUUCCGGAAGUAGAGAUAUUCGGAGGCCGCAAGCUGCCUCCCUCGUUGCCAUAGGAGGUAUUAUUACUGCAGGUGAGCUAAGAGCAAAU